GGGCAACAGACCUUGACCUUUGCUAUAGUGACCAGCUGGCCUUGACUCAGCUCAUGUUGUACAUGACAGACGGAAAUCUGGAUUGUCACUCUAGCUGCUUUGAAGUAUCUCUUGGUUCAAAUAAAAUGAAAAGCCAACGUAUUCAGCAUGAGGAGACAAAAACUCCUUCUCCAAUAAGCAACCGGUGUGCAGUAGCAAGCAGUCAACUGAGGCACUCCAGCCUUUCAGUAAUCUACUACAGCGUUCUCCUCCAGAUGUGUAAAGCUCGUGGCAUUGGAUUUGACCUCCAGGAAAAGCAGGGAACAGUUUUUCUAUUGUAUGAAGAUCAGAAGCGAUACAGAUUGGGAAUGAUAACAAUCGGAGAGGAUCUCCAGGGGGUCCUCAUGACCUUUGCUCGCAAUCUCUUCAUCAUCCAUCAAGAAAUAUCAGCACCUAAUAUGCAAGGCGAGACCAAUUUUAAGAUGGCAAUUCAAGAUAUUGAAGCAAUUCUAGGAAUUACAGCAGAAAACAAACUGAAAUUGGAAGAAGAGCAACCUUCGAAAGCAGAUGCUCUGAAAGAAUAGUUAACGGAAAAUGUUUAAGUGCCUUAUUCUUUAUGCUUCUGGAAACACUUUCUCAGCUGUAAGAACAGGUUUGGUUUUCCUUCUGCAUUGGCAUGUGAAGUAAUAUUAACUGAGACAAUACAUUUCCAUGAUUUCCGAGUGCGGUGUUUAGAAGAAUAUCCCUUCUUUCACAAAA